AUGGUUACGUCUUGGAUCUUUAAGUCUCUUGGAAAGGAAAUUGCUGACAGUGUAGAGUAUAUGUGUGAUGCAAUUAAGUUGUGGAAGGAAUUAGAAGAUAGAUAUGAUCAAACGAAUGAAGCAAAGUUGUAUCAGAUCCAAAAUGAAAUAAAUGAUUUGAGUCAGGGAGUGCUUGAUAUUACUGUCUACUACACUAGAAUAAAGAAGCUGUGGGAAGAAUUAAGCAAUCUGAAUGCCAAGGAUCAAUGUAGCUGUGCGUGUAGCUGUGGAGGAAAGGAAAAUAUACACAAGGCUUUUGCCCUUUUAGUUCAGGAGGAAAAACAAAGGAAAUUCAAGCCAAGUAAUCAAAUGUUUGCAGAAGGAAGUUCAAUGAAUUCAUCCAUGAUUCCUUCUGUGAAUGCUAGCUCAUCAAGUUCCUCAAAUGGAGGACAACAAUUCAGGAAAAAAAUUUCCACUUCUAGUAACUACAAUGGCAGAUCAAGACCUUAUUGUGAACACUGCAGAAGGCCAGGGCACACCAAAGACAGAUGUCUACUAAGGAAAGGGAAUGCAACCAAUGCUUUUGGGAUGGACACUACACAAACUGCAGGAGAUGUUGAUGGAUCUUCAAGUGGCAUUGGAUCUACUAGUGGUGGUUCUCACUUUCAGCUAGGUAAUGGAGAAGCUGCAGGAAACCAUGUUGCUAGUGGUGCAGCAAACUUUGCAGGGCCCUUCAAUGAAGAGGCCUCUGGAGAUUGGUAA